AUGGUAUAUUCGAACCUGUUCUUCGUGCUGGAGUUUCUGAACGGGGGAGACCUGAACUUCCACCUGGCCCAGAUGGGUCGGUUCAGCACGGAGCUGGUGCGGUUCUACGCCAGCGAGCUGGUCUGCGGACUGCGCUUCCUCCACAAGCGGGGCAUCAUUUACAGAGACCUGAAGCUUGACAACGUGCUGCUCGAUCACGAAGGCCACGUCCGGAUAGCCGACUUCGGAAUGUGUAAGAUGCAGAUCUUCCUGGACAGGACGGCCGACGCCUUUUGCGGCACUGUGGACUACAUGGCACCCGAGGUAGUGACCGGUAAGAACUACAACCAGUCAGUCGACUGGUGGUCCUUCGGAAUCAUGCUCUACGAAAUGCUGGUCGGGCUGACCCCAGUGUCGCCGCAGGCUGGUCGGCUGGUCGGGCUGACCCCUUUCAUCGGCCUGGAUGAGGACGAGCUGUUCUGGGCUAUUCGUACCGAGCAGCCGUACUACCCCCGCUUCCUGGACGACGACGCCACGGAAAUCAUCAAAUGGUACGCGCGUAAGCGGCUGCAGUACGCGCGUGGGCGGCUGCAGUACGCGCGUAAGCCGCUGCAGUACGCGCGAAGGCGGCUGCAGUACGCGCGUAAGCCGUUGCAGUACGCGCGUAGGCGGCUACAGUACGCGCGAAGGCGGCUGCAGUACGCGCGUAGGCGGCUGCAGUACGCGCGUAAGCCGCUGCAGUACGCGCGUAGGCGGCUGUAG